CAUAGCACAGAGCGGACAUGCCAAAACAGCUCGCCGUGCAAACAAGCAGACGCAACAGAAACAUGCAGAGAGGGAAGCAAAAGACUGGCUACAGGAGAGCAAAUCAGAGAUAAGUACAUGUCAGACAUAGUUCCUCCAGAAGUGAGACCUAAACCCGCCGUCCCUGCCAAGCCCCCAAACGUGGGGGCUCCUUCCCCCUCCAGCCCCUUCCCACCCCAAGGGCUGGGCAUCGGAGGAGGCGUCCCUGCUACCCUUCCAAGUGGUAUUCCAGUUCCCAUCGGGAGUCAUGGCCCCGUAGCCAGUCAUGUUAUUGGUCAUGGCGUGGGCCACGGUGCGGCCAACAGUGGGGGUCACGCUGCAGCGCACAGCGGAGGUCAUGGCCACACUGGCUCCCACAGCUCCGGUGGGGGGUCCACACUGCUGGGAUACAUCGGUAUCGACACCAUCAUUGAGCAGAUGAGGAAGAAAACCAUGAAGACAGGAUUUGACUUCAACAUCAUGAUGGUUGGUAACAGCGGUCUGGGAAAGUCGACUCUUGUCAACACCUUAUUCAAGUCCCAGGUGAGCAGGAGGAGCGCAGGAUGGUCCCGGGAUGACAAGAUCCCCAAAACUGUGGAGAUCAAGUCAGUGUCUCAUGUCAUUGAGGAGGGUGGUGUGAAGAUGAAGCUGACUCUCGUUGACACUCCAGGCUUUGGGGACCAAAUCAACAACGACAACUGCUGGGAGCCCAUUUCCAAGUACAUCAAUGAGCAGUAUGAGAAGUUCCUGAAGGAGGAAGUGAACAUCACCAGGAAAAAACGCAUCCCUGACUUCAGGGUGCAUUGCUGUCUCUACUUCAUCUCCCCAACUGGACACUCUCUUCGGCAGCUAGACCUGGAGUUCAUGAAGCGCUUGAGUCACUCGGUCAACAUUAUCCCCGUCAUUGCCAAAGCAGACACGAUGACCAUUGAGGAGCGACAGGAAUUCAAACAGCGGGUAAGAAAGGAGUUGGAGAUGAGUGGGAUUGAGUUUUACCCCCAGAAAGAGUUUGAUGAGGACAUGGAGGACAAGAGCGACAAUGACAAGAUCAGAGAGGCGAUGCCCUUUGCUGUGGUCGGCAGUGACAGAGAAUAUCAAGUGAAUGGCAAACGGGUUCUGGGGAGGAAGACAGCAUGGGGAAUCGUGGAAGUUGAAAAUCCCAAUCAUUGUGAGUUUGCUCAGAUGAGAGAUUUCCUGAUCAGGUCCCACCUCCAGGAUCUGAAGGAGGUCACCCAUAACAUCCACUAUGAAACUUACCGCGCCAAGAGACUGAACGAGAACGGAGGUCUACACCCCAUCACCUCUAACGGCACCCAAGAAAGCAACCUGUAGUCGGUCAGGGGAAGAGUUCAGGCAGAGUGAAAAUUAAUUUGUGCAAUGAAGCUGAUAGAUGAAGCCACAGAAUAAUAUCAUCACAUAGAUUAGUGUCACAUAAUUAGUUUUUUCUCCAAACUUCCAAACCAUCAAUUUAAUCCUGAAACAUAUCAAAACCCUUCAGUUCGAUUUUCAGAGUCAUUCCCCCAGAGUAUUUGGAUGAAAUGUGAUUCCCACUCAGAGAUUUAGUGCCAUUAUACAGAGGAACAUUUUAUCUACUGCCAAAGUAUUUUCACUCAUCAUUGUCUGGGUAACAUGAGCUUAGAAAGUGCCACGUUAUUGUGUGUAUAAGAGGCUUAUUUUUAUGUUUUUGUGUUGUGUAGCAACUGAUGUUUAAAUUCAGACACAUGAUCUGCUUUGCUCUCAAUAUAAAAAUCAUAAUUCCUGUGGAGCCAGUUGACUCUAUACUUAGGUGUUUUUUUAAUCCUCAUUUAGCCACUGCUCAUUUGAAAGAACCCUGCGGCUCUGUUGUCAGGACGACUUAACAAACAUUGCAAGCUCAGCUCCUUCUGUACUCAGAUGAGUUUUCUCUAAUCAAUGUUCCCUCGUGCUGUUGGAUUUUAUCAUUUUGAAAUAGUUUGUGCAGACCUGCGAAAUAUGACGUAAGACAGCUGGAACGAGGCAGCAGGGUGUGUGACUGAGCUCACCCCAGAUUCUGUGACUCCACGAUUCACCACAAUAGAGCAAAACGUGAAGAGUUUGGGACAGAGGAGUCGUCCAAUGCAUUCGUGCUGUGUUCACCUGCAUUAGUUGACGAGUUGUUUUAACAUUGAUGAUUGAGAAUAAUUAUACAACGAAUCAGUUGUUUUAUUAUUAUUAAAUUUUAACUUUUUACACAGAGUAGAAUGAGCUAUUUUGCCACUUAAAUUAACUACAUGCACCCAGUUUUGAUGUUGAUUUAAAAGCUUCCAGUGCUUUUAAAAUUAUUUUACUCAUAGGAAUAAAUAGAAGCAUGGCUAAUACAAAUCUAAUUUCACAAAAAAACUCAUCCAACAAGAAUUGUCAUAUAUAGUGAAAAUGAAUGAAAAAUUGUUGCUCAAGUUUAUUUUAGUUUGCUGAUAAGUGCCAUGCAAAGUUUUACUGAACACAGCAGAGUUCUGAGCCAGACACAAGGACAAUGUUGUGCAUGGUUUGGUGUUGAGGCCAGUUUAAACUUCCUCUUGUUCACCACUUGGUGGCAGCACUCAACCGCAUAAAGCAGUGACUGAACAGAACAACAAACAGGUUUUCAAAUCCAGCUUUGAUUCACGCUGAUUCUACUACUUCUUUUCUGUGCAUUUUUUCAUAUAUGAAACCUAAUUUCAUUUCCAAGUGAUAUUUACAGAGUUUUGGUCCUUGGCUGCUGUCGGUAAAAACUACUAUAUCUCUCCAGAUCCUUGUUUACAUCAAGCUUUAAGCUUUAACCCAAUGGUAUGCACUCACACUGCAGGUAAUAAACAUGUUUACCAAAUUUUCACACAACAUUGACACUUUUCUGCCACUUGCAGUCUGCAGUACAGCGCAAAGGUGCCAAAACUAUUCGUUAUUUAAUCUUUUCAAUACCUAUCAACGUUUUUGUUUGAAGUUGAAUCUUGAUUUUAUACAAUCAUACACGUUUGUGCGAUUUUGACAUGAAGUGUUGUGUCUGCAACAAAAACAUUGUAGUCGUGGUUUUAGUGCAGUCAGGUUUUCAAGCAGAAAUUUGAAAGUGUUUAUGUGUGCAUGCGUGUAUCCAUGUUGCCUGUUUGCCUAUACAGCCAAUGUGUUCACAUAUCACUGCAACUUAUCUACUAUUUCUGAGUGUGUGACGUGUAAAUUAAAUUGUUACAUCAUAA